GGCUGUCGCGUCGCAUUUCUCUGCGUGGUAAGCGCCGCCACGUCUGUCCGCAGAGCCAUUAGUAGCUAGCCGUAUAGAGCCCGAUAAAGAGCGAAAGAGGUGGUGCUGGCUGCGUUCGUGGGUGCAUCAGGAAGGGGGUCGUCGCGGUCACGUGACUGAGCUGCGUUUUGAGCGCACUAACCAGACUGUAAAUAGAAAGUGUACAUAGUGUGAUACUGCGAACGCUUAGGUGUGAGAUUUUAUUGGCAAUGAGCACAAAUAAUAAAUCAUUGAUGUCCUCUGGAAGAGGUACCAACAAAAACAAGUCACAACAACAUGGAAAAUCAGACCAUCAUCAGAUUAAAUCAUCAGAUUCAACUAAACAUGAUAAAGCUCAGCAAAACACUGUUCAAAUCCGGCACGCACAAAUCAUCGACACCAGAAUGGCAGGAGGUGAAGAUUCUCUAAAAGAAUGUGUCAAGCAAGUCAUGGACAUGACCCGACGAUCGGAGGAUGAAGUGGUCAUGGCUUUGCAUGACAAUGAUGGAGAUUUAGAUCGCGCUGUGAAUGAUCUCCUGGAAGAUAGAGUGAAGGCAGAAUGGGAAGUCAAAAAGAAGAAGUUGCGUCAACCAAGUGGAUCCAAACAAAGUGCGGAUCAAACAGGUGGACAAGAUGAGAGUGGCGAUUGGGAGGAACGACGCAAUCAACGUAGUGGUGGUCCACCACGCAUGCGAGGCCGUGCUAACCAUGAUAACCGUGGAUGGCGUGGGCGUGAAAACAAAGAAAAUGAAAGAAACAUGGAGGACGGUAUUCGCGAUGGCAGCUAUAGCAGAAGAGGAAGAGGAGGACCUGGAAGAUCAGGUCGUGGAGGUCGUGGUGGCGGCAGAGGUCUUGGACCGCGAACGUUCGCAAACCGUAACGAUCCAUCGUCUACUUCCGUUACUCAUAGUUUUAAUCGUCCCAUUGAUACCUGGACAGGGAGUGAAGAGCAGCAACAAAGUAUUCAAGAACCAAAAAUGGAUGCUUGGAACAAUCUGGAUUCAACAGAAGAUUGGGACAAUGAAGAGUAUACAGGUUCUUUAGCUGACACUAAAGUCUUUACUCCAAGCACAUCUAUUUUGGAGCCUUCUCCCGCCUUAGACGAAUCAAAGCCACAGGAAAUUCCAUCAGCGCAAUCAAGUCAAAAUGUUAAUUUAUCACUUCUGCAGCAAGAAGACUUGCCAAAAUUGUCCGACAUGUCGACGAUGCAACAGCAGACUUUAAUACAGCAGCAACCUCAACAACAACAGCAGCAGCAGUUACAACCUGUAUUAAACUUGCCGACGAUGCAACUGUCACAGCAACCUAGUGCUAUCAGUAGUGGUGUAUUAACAGCAGCACAAACUCAAUAUUUGACGCAACUUAGUCAACAGUCAAGCGAGAAUUUAAAAGCGGCUGGACAAACGUCGUUUACGUCAACUAUAUCAAGUCAGCCUCAAAGACAAACGAAGCAACGCCCUAGAGUUCCUCCACCAUCCAAGAUACCAUCGAGUGCAGUGGAAAUGCCAGGUGAUGCGGUGAACAGUGGAAUCGGUUUCCUAGAUGUACAAUUUGGUGCACUCGAAUUUGGUAGCGAUUCUAGCUCUCUCGAUAGCUCCGCUAACGAGAAGUACAAUUCCGCGAAUAGUACAAUUUCCGGUGUGGAUAUGACUUCCGGCCCGAAUACUGUGAACACUGCCAACACUAGUAAUUCGCUCGACAUCGAAACGACGCAGACUUCCACGACACCUUACAACGCUAGUUCUCAGAUGUUAUCAGGUACCGAUAAUUUGCCGGUGUCAAGCGAGCAUUCGAUUAGUUCGCAAAGUUUCACUGCACGUGGAAAUACUAGCGGUCAAAACCUGGACAUAACUAAACAAGACUUCACAUCGCAAGUUUCGCCUGGAAAUGCACCAACGUACGGACCCACGACGACGUACCAGUCGCAGAAAUCGUCUUUCCAGCCAUCGAGUGGCACGCCGAGUACGUACAACGCAUACUCGACAAAUAGUCAAUCUUCUCAAUCCACCUUCCAGACCGCGUCAGCAUCUGCUAAUACAAAUAGCUAUUCUGCGACGGCGACGGUCUCGCAAGCAAGUUACAAUUCGUCAACAUCGUUUCCGCAAUCCAACGCAUCGACUUUCAGUCAAGCUUCUCCUUCUGCGUCCUUAUCUGUGACUUCCGGUUAUAACCAACCCACUACUAGUAGUCAGGUUUAUCAGUCUACGAGCGGGUACGUUCCGACUACAACAUCGCAAUAUCAAGCGCAAUCUGUAGCUACUAAUACGGUGUCGAACAGCAACGCAGGAUAUCAAGCUUAUCAGCCACAAGCUUAUCAGUCUUCGGUCACAACGUUUACAUCGCCGAUAACACAGAGCUCGGGUAGUUACCAGAGUGCUGCACAAUCUGUAUAUGCAAGUCCCUACGCGAGUUACACCAGCCAACCACAAGCGGCAACUCACAAUCACAAAAUGAACAACACCGCGACUAAAGAUUCUCAAUAUGACAGCAACGCGACGACGUCUAAUAGUUCUCUCGCGACAACUACCGCUCCCACGUUGGGACUUAGUUCCGCCUCGGUUAACAGUUCGCAGACUAAAGUAACUAAUUCGAACGCUGUGCCAAAAAGCACAUCGAGCGGAGUAGUGACGGGCAGCAGCGGUACCGGUAAUAUGACGGGUGGUGGUGCUGCUGGAAGUAUGACACCUAUGCUUAGUCAUCAAUACAUUAUGGGCCAAGGUGUACCUUAUGCUUUCCAACAGCCAAUGUACAGUUACGAGGAACUGCAACUCGUGCAACAAAGAAUACCGCACAUGCCAACUACUGGUUACUAUGAUGCGGCCCUGGGCUAUCAGACAACCGGUCCCGCAACGAGUCUCGGUGGUGGUCGAGGCGAUGCUCUAUCUGGUGUGCAAGGUGUUCAAGGAGUGCAAGGAGUGCAAGGAGCCUAUACUAGUAUUAGCGACGCCAGGUUCGCUAGGAAUGACAGCAAUGCGUCCCCAGUACCUUCUACAAUGUCGCAACAAACCGCUACGCAACAUCAGCAACCGAUAAUGAACCCCACACUUCCGCCUGGUUACGCGUAUUUUACUUACGGCGGUGGAAUCAUGCCUGGUGGUUUCCAAUACGGGACUCCUGCCAUUUAUCCGCAAAUCGCAACGGCCGGUAAUGCAGGCACGAACAGCGGUGCGUAUAGUGCUAAACCGGGUAGUUAUGGAUCUGGUUACGGCGCUGGAGCUAGCUAUGACGCUCUAGCCUCCGCUGGUCCGUCCGCAGAAUAUAAAGGCGCUAGUAGCAGCUACACCGCUACUCAGGCCGGCAAAACCGGCACUUCCACCGGCAAUACUAAUACCGCCGGUUCUUCCGCGACAGAUAUCAGCGCCACGAUGUAUGCCAAGAGUCACGUGGCUCUCGGCAAAGUGAACUCUUACGAAAAACAGACUUUCCACUCGGCUACACCGCCGCCGUUUGGUCUGACGGGUGGCCAGAACGCCGGCUUGCCCGGCAGUUACGGUACGCCGCAUCUGUUUAUCCCGACUAUGCCUCAUCAGUUGCAUCAGCCUCUUCAUCAAGACGGAGCCAACAGCACGGGUCAGAGGUCCAACACGAGUUCGCAGAACAAAGCUCAGGCGAAACCCGGAUACAGUCCCAGUUACUGGGCCGGCAGCAAUUAAACAAAAGAAAAAAGAAAAACUUACCGGAAUUGAUGCACUGAGAAAAGGACGAGUCUGUAACGUAAUAUCUACGUACUAAAGAGAUCUAGCUUGUCUGCUGUUGUGAGACAUUUAUGUGCUAUAGAUAUAUUUAAUUCGACAUGAAUAUUUGAAACGACGUUGAAAAUAAUGAACACAAAAUUACUUUUAAAAUUAAAUUUAGGUUUUGCUGUAAUGCGAGUUAAUGCGUAAUGAAAAGUAAUUUUUUUCAAAAAAAAUCGAACAGUAUGCAGUUAUUAACCUUUAUUCGAAUUUGUAACGAUAAUCAGAGCAAUCAAUUUCGGAUUUGCGUACAAUAUUCUGCGAUUUAUUCUAUUUAUUUAAUUCGGUGAGAGGAGACCGAACACAUAAAUAUAUAUGUAUAUUAUAUGUAAGGAGAGAGAAGGAGAGAGGAAGAAAGAAAGAAAGAGAGAGAGAGAAGUUCUAAAUAUUUCGUUCGCUUCAGCGCAUUUGCAAACAUUUCCAAUGCAUAAGAGCGCGUUACAAGUAAGAUAACAUCUUACGUAGAGGAAUAUGUACAAAAAUUCUAUAUAAUUUGCGUAUUCCUACUAACUUCAAGUUGCACUCGUGCCAAAUGAAGUUAUAGCGUUUACCACGCAAUGAUCACGUGAUGUAUUAUGAAAUAUGACUUGUCAUAUUGAUAAAAUUAUGAGAAAAAUAAUUGCUGGCAUGUCACAACGUGAUAAAGCUGGUAUCAUACAGAUCGUGUCAUAUAGAACAUCGGAAGGAAAACCAAAAGAAAAAAAAAAACAUUCGUUGAGUUUGUCUCGUUGAGAUCGCCCAGCUAUAUGUUACACAGUGCAAUUUUGAAUACAUAUAUUCAAAAUAUAUGUAUAUAUGGACUGCUAUGAUAGUGUCUCUUUAUCUUAAUUUUUCUUUUCUUUUCUUCUGCGUGAAAUGAGCAUUUUGACUCAUUAACGCGAAAGGCGCAUUUCCGCGGAAUAACGAAAAGCUGUACCGCUAAAAAAUUACGAUUGUGUACAUGUGGAAUCAUUCGAACGCAUGGUUAUGUACAAAUUUGUCGCAAUUAUAGCGUUUUUAUUUUCGACGUGUAAAACGCGACCUCGUGAGAAAAGCUGCUGCAUAGCGAGUGAUCUCGUUGCACUCGCGAUAAGAUUGACUUAAACGUAUUAUAUGUAUUUGUAACUAGAGUUGAUUUGCAUUACUCCUCAUUAAUACACAUACAACACACGACGACUUGUAUAUUGCAUUGAAAUUAUUACCAUAUAAUUUUUUGAUUACACAGAGAGUUAUGGACGGGCGUAACUCUUCUCUGUUAGAUAUUUCUCGGUAUAGUUAAAAAAAUUUAAAUAUAUGGCAAUUAUGCAGUAUAUACUCUAAGAGAGAAAAAAAUCUUUGCUCUUUUAUUGUUCUCUCAUAUAUUUGCAUUACUUUUUAUAAUAGAAUGAGAUCGAAUGUGUUUUCUACACAUUUGAUCAAACCACAUAGAGAGCGACGUAAACAUCUUAUUUUCCGUAGAUUGACUACAAUAAUUAAGAUUUGUUUUAUUAGAAUCUCCUGAAUUAUGUAAUUUACGAAAUCUAAUUGCAUUAGUAUAAUAUAUCUUCCGAUUAUCAUAUGUUUGCUACUUUGAAGUCGAAGGUUAAAAAUCGUAAAAAAUUAAUAUUUAACUAUAUAGAAAUUAUAGUUGGACGAUUAAUUUACAAUUAUUGUCAGAGUUUUAUUAGAAAAUAUUUUGUAGGCAUAUCGAGAAACGAAGGAUCGUUUGUUACUAAAUGCAUUUCUAGACACACCAAAAAGAUGUUUUGUUUCGAGUAAGAAGAAUCGUUUUUCGUCGGUUUAUCGAGAACUAAUCUUUAUUUUAGUACUGCUUCGAUUUUUUGUUUUUUGAAAACGCCAAGAUAACACUAAAUCCAAAAAAGUUAUGCAUUUUUAUAUUUGCUUGCAAAAAAAAUAGCCGCACAUUUGACUCGCUCUCGAACCAUACAUAGUAGUGAGAUGUGUGCAUCGAGACGAUGUCGCGAUUUUCAUUGCAACAACAAACUUAAAACAUAUAAAUUCUUACUUAUAUAAAUUUAUAAACUCUUUGUUAUUACUUAAUAUGCACUAAUAUGAGUUAAAAGUUUUUGAAAAAUAACAUAAAAAGACAACUAAAAUGAGAAUAAGUUCAAAAUACACCAUUUGUCGAAACCGAUCACACCGUUUUGUCGAAACGAACGAACAAACGCAAAAGUAACAAUGUUGAUGCAGUGACAAUGAGUGACAGCGAUAUUUGUAUCUUUUCCAUUGAGAUUGUAAUAAAAAAAAAGAAGAAAUCAUCGAUUCCGUCUGGUGUACACAUUCUUUAAUAUCGCAUUAUUUCUACUAAUUAGAAGCGAACCGUGUAUAGUUAUAUAUACAUAUUAAUCAGAACAAAAUAACAUGUAUUGACCAAUGCAACACAUACAUACAUACACUCACACACGUGUAUUUUGAAAAUAUACUUUACAUUUUUGCAUUGUGAAUAAUGAA